AUUGUUCCAUUUAAUUCCAUUCUUCCUCACUUUUUCCAAAACUCCAUCUACUACCAUUGACUCCUUUCGCCCUUUCCAAACCCCAAACUUUACACUUCUUUCUUUCCUCUUGUCUCUCUCUCUUUCUUUCCAUCUGUUGAAUCAAAUGGGUUCCUCUGUUCCUCUCUUCACUACCACCAUACUCUUCAUCCUCUCUCUCCUCCUCAACGCCAACCCUUCUUUAGCUAACCCAGAGCUGAGAACUCUAAUGGAGCUCAAGGCAGCUCUUGACCCAGAUGGCAAGCUUCUCUCCUCAUGGAGCAGUGAAGGAGACCCGUGUAGUGGGAGCUUUGAAGGAGUUGGAUGCAAUGAGUUUGGUAAAGUUGCUAACAUUUCUUUACAGGGAAAAGGACUCUCUGGUUUUCUAUCUCCAGCUCUUUCUCACCUCAGGAACUUGUCUGGGCUUUACCUUCACUAUAAUGCUCUCAAAGGGGAGAUACCAAAGGAGAUUGCUAACCUCACUGAGUUGGUUGAUUUGUAUCUUAAUGUUAAUAACCUCCUUCAAGUUCUGCAGCUUUGCUAUAAUCAGCUAACAGAAUGCAUGCCGACCCAGCUGGGCCUUCUGAAGAACCUGAAUGUUCUAGCUUUGCAAUCCAAUCAUCUGACUGGUGCUAUUCCUGCAAGCUUAGGAGAUUUGAGUCAGCUAACAAGGCUUGAUUUGAGCUUCAACAGGCUCUUUGGUUCAAUCCCAGUGAAGAUAGCUCAACUCCCUCGGCUCCUAGUACUAGAUAUUCGAAACAACACACUUUCGGGCAAUGUGCCUUCAGAGUUACAGAGGCUAAACGGAGGAUUCCAGUAUGGGAACAACACCGGUCUGUGUGGAAUUGGAUUCUCAACCCUUCGUGUUUGCACUUCGGCUGAUCUCAUAAACCCUAACAGGCCUGAACCAAUCAGUCGAGACCCGAAUGCGCUCAAACCGCUACAAAUUCCUCAAUCAGCUAAUCUUAAUACUCAGUGCAAUACAACCCACUGUUCAAACAAUUCAAAAUCUAAUGCAGUAACUGUUACUGUAGGAAUCACUGCAGUUUUAGUUGCUGGAAUGAUUUCUGGUUUAUUAACUUUUGCUUGGUACCGUCGUAGAAAGCAAAAGAUAGGUAGUUCACUAGAGAUUUCUGAUGGAAGAUUGAGCACUGAUCAGCCAAAGGAGUUGACUCGAAAGAGUGCUUUGCCAUUAAUUAGCCUUGAGUACUCAAAUGGAUGGGAUCCUUUGGCUGAUGGAAGAAGUGGAAUUGGGUUUUCUCAUGAGGUUUCUCAAAGCUUUAGGUUCAAUCUAGAAGAGGUCGAGUGUGCAACUCAGUACUUUUCGGAGGUUAAUUUGCUUGGAAAGAGCAAUUUCGCCUCGACUUAUAGAGGGAUAUUGAGGGAUGGGAGUGUUGUCGCUGUGAAGAGCAUUAAUAAGACAAGUUGCAAAACUGAGGAGGCUGAUUUUUUGAAGGGAUUGAAGUUGCUGACCGUGAUAAGGCACGAGUAUCUGGUGGGAUUGAAAGGGUUUUGUUGUUCAAGGGGAAGGGGGGAGUGUUUUCUUGUUUAUGAUUUUGUUGAAAAUGGGAGCUUAUCACAGUAUCUAGAUGUGAAGUGUAAUGAGAAGGGAAGGGUUCUCGAGUGGCCUGUUAGGGUUUCCCUCAUCAGAGGAAUUGCAAAAGGCAUUGAGUAUCUACACAGCAACAAAACACACAAGCCUCCUCUUGUCCACCAAAAUCUCUCAUCAGACAAAGUCCUCAUCGACCACCACUUUGCUCCCAAACUCUCUGGCUCCGGACUGAACAAACUCUUAGCCGAUGAUGUUGUCUUCUCAACUCUCAAAGGCAGUGCAGCAAUGGGAUACCUAGCCCCAGAAUACACCACCACUGGCCGCUUCACUGAAAAGAGCGAUGUCUAUGCCUUUGGAGUCAUUGUUUUCCAAAUCCUCACGGGCAAAACACGGGUCACUCAUUUAAGACUUGGUGCAGAAUCUGGCAAGCUCGAUGAUCUAAUUGAUGAGAACCUCACUGGUAACUUUUCUAAGCAGGAGGCAGCGAAACUAGCGAGCAUCGCGUUGGUUUGCACUAGUGAAGCUCCGAGCCAGAGGCCGAGGAUGGAGGUAGUGCUCAAGGAAUUGAGCAGCAAUUAGCUCAGAUUGCAAUGCGCUGUUGCAACUAACAUUUAGUGUACGCUAAUGGACUAUGAUAACUCUUGUAGCCUGUAACCGUUAGUUUUGAACAUUUUUAGUGCAUUUGUACCUUGUGAUGAUGCAGCUCUUGAUGUAGCAACAAUAUCCAAAAUUCCAUGGACUCAUGGAUGUGCCUGAUGGAGGGAGAGAGAUUAUGUUUUGGGACUAUUAGACAACAUGUGAAUGUCUCUUGUCUUUCCGUGUUUGGAUGAAUGGGUGAAAAUUACUGUAUUACCGUGAAGUUUGAAUGGGGAAUCCUUCUGUAGCUGUCA